CAGGCUGCGGGCUCUCGUCAGCCAUCACUGAAGUAUUUUUCGCUAAUAAACUACGACUGCAGUUUAUGUAACGCCACGUGAAUACCGAAAAAUACUGUCUACUAUCGAUGGGAUUCCGUGUUGAAUUUUGAAAAUGAGAAGUGAACUUUGAAAAGCAACGAAACAAAACGAAGAGAUAUACGCGUGUUGCAAACUCGACAGGUAGUAAGGACGCUGCCCACAGGUGUUCCCACAGGUAGAGUGAAGGUGUAAACAAAGUAUUGAGAACCAAGGGUAUCUCGUGCUUUUCGCGACGAUUUGGUGGGCUGUUGGCGUGAGCUCCAGCGCGGCCGCGAUUCCCCGCCAUGGCCUGCUCGCUCAGGAACAUCAUCAACUUCGGCCUCCUGCUCGCCGUCAUCGACCUGCUGCACGGAAUAGCCACCUGCGCCUUCUACGGCUAUGAGCUGGCCGUCCACUACAGGUGCCACUGGAACCACGGCAUUCGCUGGUGCCAGUACUACCUCUACCACACAGACCACAGUGUGCGCGUGAACAUCGGCAUCGCGGAGGGCGUGGGCUGCCUCUUCUUCUCCACCAUCCUCAUCAUCGGCCUGUGCAAGUACAAACCCAUCGUGACAUGGAUGUGGCUGCUGAAGCCCGUCGCCGUGAUCAUCAUCAACGUGUUCUUCCUGAGCCGCUGGCUGGUGCAGAAGUCCCGCUACUACCACAGCUUCUGGGACCGCCACAGCUACGACCAGGAUAACGUGUUCAUCUUCGCGGGGCUCGGCCUCACCCUCGUGCAGUUCUUCGUGAUGCUGUUCUUCUUCUGCAUCAACGGCUCCUUCACCUACAAGAUCCGCAAGCAGCGUGUUCCCACCAUGGAGACUGACAUAUGAACCGGGGUGUAUAAUCUCACCACCAUGGAAACACGCAUUAAGUGAGGCACUGCAUGUUGACCCGCAUGUGAAUCAUCCCCAUUAUUGAGAGAAAAAACAACAACAACAAAUACAUCAGGUGCCAUACUUCGUGGGGACCAACGCAGUCUAUUUGUAAGGUAUUUUGCCAAAGAAGAGGAGGCGCCCGGGGGGUCUGCACAAGAGGAAUCGUCAGGGCAGGAAGAGGACCAGCUCCCGCCCUGGAAAUCAGACGGAUUCUCUUCAACUCGCAGAAACCCUCGUGCCUUUUCUUCCGCUCAGAUGAAAGUGAUUGUUGAAUUGUGGGAUAAAAGCAUGACUUAUUCCUACUUGUUUGUCGUCCCGUGCCCACUUGACGUGAUUUAUGAGCCCACCACAGCGGAAAUCAGAAUGUGAAUUACUCAAUGUGUGUUCUAUACCCACCGCCAUGGAGGUUAGAUUGAGAGAUACACACCCAACGUUAGAGAGCAGCUCAAGAGGCAGCUGUCUGCUCGAGGCCUCCUGUAUACAGUUUUACAUGUAGUAUAUUUUCAAAGGAAUUUUGUGGUCAUUUCCACUUUUUUGGGGUGUUUUCUUUGUACAGAGUGUUUAACGUUCGCUCUCUAUAGACCUAAUUAACUGAAUGCGUUAACUGAAUCUCUUACUCUCUGAUCUUCUUUACAAAACUAAAUUAACAAUGAAAGGAGGGUGACUGUAUUGCUUACCUCCAUUCUGUUAUUUUUAUUAUUGAAAUGUAUAACUGCAUUUAGAGACUGAACGUUAUUGUAUAUUUCUCGGUAAUGUGAUCGAAUUUCUUUUAUUGUGAUGAAACUAAUGUAUUUUACAUGUUGCUCCCAGUGUUUGUUAGACAGAGAGACACUGCAUUAUGUAUGCGUCUCUCUGCGUCACCGUAGCAUAGUGUUCAAUGUGCCAAAAGGAAAGCAAAGGAACUGCCAAGAGAGUGCCAGUGUGUUGCUUAAAGGUUGUAGCACAAUAAAAUGAAGAAAGAAAGAAAAAAUAGACAUGAUUGAUCUAGCGAAUACUUUAUAAAGGUGGCGAUGGCAUUUCCCUAAAACCAGUCCAGAUCUACAAGGCUUUUAUCGUCCAGAGGGUAUGUGUAUGUAUAAAACACACUCACACACACACACACACACACACACACACACACACACACACACACACACACACACACACACACACACACACACACACACACACACACACA